AUGGAUCAAGGCCUUUCAACAGGGGCCCAUCAAAAUAUUGAUGGGCUACGAGAGAGAAAUUCACGCGUCGAUUCAACAGUCGGCCGCGAGGCUUUAACAGCCACCGGGGAAAUGGAGGUCAAAGAUAAAGAUGGCAAGGAGUUGAAAACAUUUGGGAGAACUCCCGAUGGAACAGUUAGUUAUAUUGAGAGCCCGCUGCUAACCGGAUCCGUCCCCGCAGUGUUUACAGUCCCUCAAACUCAUGACAUGGUCUCCCAACUCCUUUCACCCUCUGAACCCAAGAAUUUUGGUGAUCUCGUGGUGUUGAUCUUAUUGGCGGGUCAUAUCUGGUUCCUUUGGGUACUCCCCGCAGGCGCCAAAAUCCCAGUUUUUGCAGUCACCUACCUUUUCUGGCGUCUAGCCUACAAUGGAGGGAUCGGGUGGCUGCUUCACAACCAAUCGCACCACAAGACACUGCUUCGAUGGGCGGAGAAGACUAAGGUGUUUGUUAACCCAGCCACUGGGGACAACCCACACCCCAAAUUGUAUAAUUGGAUCAAGCGGGAAUUGGAGACCAAGAUCCCGCAGGAUUACUCAUUCGACAAAGCUCCAAUUGAAUACAACACCUGGCUUGUCUUUAGACGACUUGUGGACUUGAUUCUCAUGUGUGACUUCACCUCUUACUGCCUUUUCGCGAUAGCUUGCGGCCACCAACCUGUUGAUGAGAGUAUCUUCAUGACCGUUUUGCGGUGGUCCGCAGGUAUCGUGUUAGUGUUGUUCAACCUCUGGGUCAAAUUAGAUGCCCAUCGAGUAGUCAAGGAUUAUGCUUGGUACUGGGGUGAUUUCUUCUACCUCAUCGACCAAGAAUUGACUUUCGAUGGUGUCUUCGAAAUGGCACCUCACCCUAUGUACUCUGUCGGCUAUGCAGGCUAUUACGGAAUCUCCCUGAUGGCGGCCAGCUAUAAAGUCCUUUUCAUCUCGAUCAUUGCCCAUGCAGCACAAUUCGCCUUCCUCGUCCUCGUGGAGAACCCGCACAUCGACAAAACCUACAACGCGCCACCACCCCGAAAGCGCCCUACCUGUGUGGAAUCCACCUCCCAUCUACUCGGCGAUCUAGACACUCCAAACGCGCCAACCCCGUCUGAAGAUCAAGUUCCCUACGCGACACCAUCGUAUUCAACUAAGCCACCCCAGUCCGUUCACAAUCUUUUGGGGCUGCACAAUUUGGACCUGCAUAGAACCACAGACUCCUCCAUCAUGCUCGUGCAACUUCUUGUAUUUUCAAUCACUGCUUUGACGCCCUCGACACCAGGGUAUCAGUUCCUGUUUGUUGCCCUCGCCGCAGCUUCCAGAAUUUGGUAUUCCGUAGGCAUUGGGUAUCUGCUUCGGAAUCAAUCUAACACCAAGUCUUGGACUAGACAUUUCGUCAAGUAUGGUGAAACCCCGCACGAGGCAUGGAACCAAUGGAAGGGUACCUAUCAUCUGAGCAUGGUUUUGUGUUACUCGAGUUUCAUCGCCGCCGUGUGGAAAAUGUACACUUUACCUGCCGAUUGGGGCUACGGUCUAGUCCUGUUCCGCCACGUCCUCGGCGCUGGACUGAUUAGUCUACAAAUCUGGACCUCGGUCAGCAUUUACGAGUCCCUCGGUGAAUUCGGAUGGUUCUACGGUGAUUUCUUCUUCGAUGAAUCUCUGAAGCUCAACUACAACGGUAUCUAUCGUUUCCUCAACAACCCAGAGCGUGUUCUUGGUCUUGCGGGUGUAUGGGGUGCAGUCCUCAUUACCAGCAGCGGAGCCGUCAUCUUCCUCGCUUUGCUGAGCCACAUUUUGAGCCUGGCUUUCAUUCAAUUUGUUGAACGUCCGCACAUGCAAAAGCUGUAUGGUCGCAGCCUUCGCCAGGAUGCCGGUCUCGUCAAGAGUUUGAAGCGGUCUCUACCACCCUCUCUUCAACAGCUGCAUGGUAGUGUUGAUAAGAUGUUCGAUGACUCUUUCGAAUUCAUCGAGGAACUUCUUGAUACUGCCCGGCCCAAACUUGCCGCGGGCGUGAACACCUUUGUCAAGGACACCACUGCACUCUUCCAAAAGUACCCUGCUCGUGUGACCAUUUCUCGGAUUGAUGCGGAUUUGGCCGGAUUCGAUCUCAGCGAUUACUCUCUCUCACUUGAAGGCACGAGCGGUCUGUCUUUCGAAGAUAGCGAGAAGACCAAGGGCCGGGAAGGUGCCAAUGCGCGCAUGCCGUUGGACCGCCGAGGUGACCUCAAGGACUUGACAUUCGAAUACGGUUCUCCCAUCAAGGUCAAGUGGACUGCUCCUCUCAAUCACAGUAAGAAGGAUUGGAUUGGUCUCUACCGGGUCACAGACAACACUUCGCGAGAGGUUACUCGUGUGUCGUCACAAGGCCGCUGGGUCGCCACCAACAAAGGCUCAUAUGACAAUCUGACCUGCGAGAAGGGUAUCAUCAGCAGUGAUGUGGUCAUCACCUCAUCCCAGCGUCAAGGCAAAGAGAACCGCGAGUUCGCUUCUGGUGAAAUUAUUCUUUCUGGCGAUAAACUCUUCUGGACGCAAGGUGUCUUUGAACUCCGCUACCACCACAAUGGUAUGCACAAUGUCAUGGCCAUCUCGAGACCGUUUGAGAUCCGUAUCCGUCGCUCCGACGAGGAUGACACCCUGGCGGACGGUGAGACCCUCGCAGAGCCAGCUGUCGAAACCGCAUUGCUUCCUGUUGUUCGCAACUGUUUCGACCAAGAUCCGGAGAUUGCCCCAGAAACUGUGGACGAGCAGUUUGGUAGCCUUGUAGAGCGGGAUGGCAAGUUUGCCAAGCGUGUUGUUUUUGCUGUCCAUCAAAUGUUCGGUAUCGAGUUGGCACCUGAGGUUGUCAAAGCUGAUGGCAAUGUUCGAAACCUCGCCUGGAGAAUCUGCAACGCGAAGAAAGUUCUCGCUCCUUACAGCAUGUCAAGAUCCAACGGAACAACAACACCACUUGAGGAUAGAAAAGAAUGA